AUGGCAUCGCCAUCGUUGCCAAAGCGCGGCAGGCCAAAACUAGGCAUUGAAGUUCACCGGAUUGGCCUACGAAUGGACGUCUAUAACGAGUGGCAGGUACAAAAAGAUUUGGUUGGAAUGGCUGAGAAAACCCAUAGUGAAUUCGCUAGUCACCUACUGCAAAUGUGUGAAGAAAUGAGAGUGCGUCAAAACAAUCAACAAUGCUCAACUCCAUCGAGUCAAUCCCAAGGGCAAGGUGAGUUUAUUACAAAUUAUAUGCCAUGAUUAUUCUUCCAACACCUAUGAUUUUAAGGAAAUGGAAUCUUUGUAUUUUAGUAUUUGUAUUUUAUUCAUGUAUGCUUGAUUAUUUACAGUGCCAGUGGAUAAAUGUUGGAACGAAUUUUAAUUAUGAUACAAAUAUUUGUUUUUUGUUCCAUCAAGGUCAUGUUGUCCAGUCUACGCCAUCACAACUUGUUAGAAGAUCACUACUUCAUGAAGAUAUUCAUCUGUCUCCUAUUCUGGCUGACGAAUCUGAGAUUGAUAAGUAGAUUCUAGAUAGAAAUAGAACUUUCCCACACCAUUCCAAAUAUAAGCUCCCCCCCCGAAUAUAUCCCCCCCCCACGCACACAUAUUGAAUAUAAUAUAAUUUUUGUAUCUUUUCAUGUUUAUAAUUAACAAUAAAUACUUGGUUACCAAUGUUGUCCAUGUAUAAGCCCCCUGUAUAUACUGUAAGGUAUAUAAGCCUCCCCCUAUGUAUAAGCCCAUCAAAAAACACUUACAAAAUUUAUAUAAGCCCAGGGCUUAUAAUCGGGGGUUUACGGUAUUCGCUCACUAUUUUCAGGACAGUAGAUGUUGCAGACACGUCGAUUUGUCCCAGUUUGGAUGUUAGCAGAAUUGAGAGUCUGUGCACAAGCAUCAACCCUGAAUUUGGAAUGUUUCCUGGUAGGCUGUCAUCAGAAUCGGAAAGUGAGAGAUCUGAAUCUUCAGAAACAACAAGGUGAACAUUACUUUAUAGUAUUAUCAAGUGCAUAAAUUAUGAUACUAUGACUACACUUGGAAAUAUCCAGAGUUAGCUACAGUAGAUAUAAUAUUUUAAUACUUUUUCCAUUUGUGCACUGCAUUAACAUAUUUUUAAUUUAUAAACAAGCAGCUCGGAUUUGGUCAGUUCAGAAUAUGCUAUGUAUGAUGCUGAUGAGGAUGAUAUGGAUAAUUUUGAAUGGUGUGACGACAGUUUUUAUGACAAAGAUUUCAUGGAUGUUGACGAUGAGAUGUAAGUAAAAUAUUAUUAAGUAUAAUAGUAAGAUUGAGAUUUUCACUCGGCCUUGGAACUCCAAUUAUUUUGUGAAUACAUGUUGUCAAGGCCACUUUUGAAUGUUGUCAGGUCGCUGUCAGGCAUUGAAGGGUAAAAAGUAAACAAAGUUCAAUUAACAGAAUUUGUGAUUGACAAGUAUUGUGGGAUAUGAGAGGACUAUGAAAAUAAACAAUCCAAAUUAUUAUUUAGAAGCAAAAUGUAAAAACUUUGAUUCAAGAAUAUUGAAAUCAAAGAUGUUAUUUUGCAAGUAGUUUUAACUAAGCAAGCACUCUGAUAGCAAUGCCUUUUACACUGACCAACAGCACCUUGACAACAUUCAAAUAUGGCCUUGACAACGUAGUACCACCGCCUUGAUAACAUACAUUGUGUGGUGAUAAAGUUUUUGUAAAUGUUCAAACAUUUAAACAAAACAUUUGGCAUUCCAAGGUUGAAUGAAAUCACAUUAAUUAUUUUGCUUUAUAAAGUGAGAUUAUGAUAGUGAAAGUCACAUUGUAUCAGUUUACCAGUAAACAGACCAAUCAAAAGCAAUUUUUCAUACCAGAAAAAACAUGGAGGUCAGAUUUUCCCUUUCAUGUUGAAGUAUUCAGAAUUCUUCAUGUGUACUUUGGGUUUUCACCCAUACCAAAAACAUAGUAAUUGAGUGUAGUUGUAGAACAUAUGUAUUAUGGGCCCAUGGCUAGCUUGGCUUAAAGUGGGAAACCCAUACCUACAAGUAUUAGUAUUGAAUUCAUUGUAGUAAAUGCAGUACUAUUUUCUUUUGAAGUUUUGAAGAGGCUGAAGGAGAUGUGACAUUAACUGCUUCAGAGGGUGAAGAUGAACCAUCAGAGCUUGAUCAUACUAAGGGAGAGGAAGAUAUGGAUGUGAGCUAUUUUGAAGAAUGGGAUAGAACUAACAUAGAGGUACAGCAUGGUCCAGAGACAAGGGAUGAUUGGGCACAGAGAUUAUUAAAACAGCUGAAAGAAGAAUUUGAUAAAGUGAAUGUUGCAGGAAAACAGAGCCAGAUUUUUGCAGACCAUGGUCAACAGAGUCGAUCAGUUGUUGAGGUAGAUAAAUUGUUGGAAUUAUUUAAAAACAAUUGCCAAAUGCAUCUAUGUACUGGACAAAGUAGAGUUGAAAAUUGGAAAGCUGAUGGGGGUGUUUUAAUAAUCACAUGGAGAUGCUGUCAUGGUCAUGGUGGGAUCUGGUCGUCAUCAAAGGUUUUAUGCGUAAAGAAGGAACAGAAUGUGUACACCACUACCAUAAUGAUAGCUGCAGCAAUUAUUAUAACAGGUGGCAAUUAUGAAAAGUUUGCACUAUUUUGCAAAUUUCUUGGUCUGUCAUUCAUCUCAAGGUCAACUUUUAUGAGAAUCCAAAAGAAGUAUGUGAUUCCUGAGAUCAAGAGAUUUUGGAAAGACAUGAAGGCAUCGAUAUGGAAAAUCUUUUUUGGGGAAAGCAUCAUUCUUUGCGGUGAUGGCCGAAAUGAUUCACCAGGUUUCAGUGCUAAGUAUUGUGUGUAUGUACUUAUGGAGCAGUUUGUCAAUGUAAUCGUAGAUAUCGAAGUUGUAGACAAGCGUGAAACUGGUGGGGUGUCAACCAAUAUGGAAGUUUAUGGACUGAAAAAACUGUUGGAACGUGUUGUUGGUGAGAUUGUUGUGUCAGAAAUUGUGACAGAUGCUUCCACGGCAGUUGCCGCACUGGUUAGAAGAAUGAAAGGUAUAAUAAUAGUAGUAAUGGAUUAAAACAUGAAAAUUAGGUGCAGGAAAAAAAAUUAUUUCAUGUCUUCCCAUUAUGUUUUAAUGCAUUGUGUCCUAAUGCACCUACAUUAUUAUUUUACUCUGUCUAAUGCCAGAUGAUUUUCCUAGACAAUCCUGUUCAUCAAGGGGAGAUGGCGCUGGCUCUUAUAAAUGGGUUAAUUAAUUAAAUAUAUUUUAUGGAUUUUUUAGAUAAAUAUCCUAAUGAAUUUGGUAACCUGUUUCAUGCGCUUGACAUUUGGCACAAAUCUGUAAAGUUGACAAAGAAGCUGUCAAAGGUGAUAUUUAACUUCACUCCCUUAUACAAUAUACUGUACGUUAUUGUGUCAUUUAGGAAUAUAUGGUAAUCAUUAAAUUAAAUAAAACAUAAUCUCUUUAAGUGGUGAACAUGGGGGAGAGGAUUAUUUUAGACAAAAAAAGUUUAACUAAAAUUUCUAGCUACAAACAUUGGUCAAAUGCUGACACCCUAAAAUCCUCUCAAGUGUCUGCAAAAGUACAUCAUCUUCACUAUAGAGUCAUAUUUUCCUAAUUGAGAUGUUUGGUUUGAAUAUUUUUGGUUUUAGGCUGCAAAAAUGAAGGGUUGUGAGGUACAAAGCGAGUGGACCGAGCCAAUACGAAACCACUUCUGGUAUGUUGCACAAGAAAGUAAGGGCAACACAGAGAAAUUAAAGGUGAGGAAAGUACUAACUUUCACGUUAGAAUGUUACCCUUAUAUAUUAUAGUUAAUAAUAAUCAGGGUUUGAAUUAACAGUGUGAAAAUACUGGACCAAAUAGUGAACAUUGCACAUCACUUUUCCAAAUGUUCUGUGGAAAAUCAGACUUGGAAACUAUUGGGACUAUUUGCCUUAUAAAGUAGGGCAUAUUGGAGCUUAUUGGUUUAAUGAAUACACUUUAGGACAGCUGGUUUGGAGUUUUACAUCAUGUUGUUGGUGAACACGAAUGGGCAGAUGGUGAGUGCACACAUGGUCCUCUUGUUUCCACUGAAGAAAACAAGACCUUGAUGGAUAAGGGUUCCAAUGCAAUGGAGGCUUUGCGGAAAGUGGUGAUGGAUCCUCGCUUUCUUAAUGCUUUGCACCAUUAUGUAACAUUCAGGUAUAUUGACCGGUCAUGGGACUUUACAGUGCAUUUCUCAUUAUACACCUGCAGUAAGUUUAUAAUAGGCCCUUCACAGCUGGCCCUGUGCCAUUGCUCUCCAUAACAAUUAAAAUCGUCUAGCGCUAGGUGUAAAAACAAGGGGGUAAAAUGACUUUUGCACAACAAUAUAUCUGUGCUGUGUCUUAAGCCUGUUUCACAUAAAAUCGUUAAGCGGUCGCAGACAUGUGCCGAAUUUUUAUAUGAACACAAAUGCAGAUUCGCGCAGACUGUCUGAGACCGGAUCGGCGACGGAUCGUUCAUAUAAAAAUUCGGCACAUGUCUGCGACAGUCUGCAACUGUCUGCGACUGCUUAACGAUUUUAUGUGAACCAGGCUUUACUGUAAUCCUUUGUUUUCAAACCCCACUGAUUUCAAUAUUCUCCACUCACUCAUUGUUCUCAACUGAUACUAUUCAAUUACACCUAUGGUGUUUACACCUGCACUUGUUGUUUGUGACUUGACUUCUAUUGUGAUUUUCUUCUUCUGAUGGAUGUGAAUGAGUAGAUGAGUUAUCAAUGUUCUGAGUACAUAUAUACCCUCAUCUGAACAUUCAUAAUUCAUUCACUCUUUCACAUCCAUCAGAAAAAGAAAGUCGCACCUAAAAAAGUGGAAAAUAUAAAAAUUGUGAAGUCAUGUGAAGUAAUGAUUUAUUUAUUAGACACACCAGCAAGCUACAAAAUUUCAAUUCAAUGCUUUUGAAAUAUACACCAAAGCGAGUUGGAUUUCAGUAAGUAAUAUGUAAUCGUAAAUAAUGUAUUUACUAAUGUAUUUGCAACACUCACUCUUUGUCUGGUGUUAGAUGAUAUGGUGGCCACAUAUGGGCAUGUUGCUGUCAUUGUAGCUUAAUGGAUUUCAAAUUGAAAGUCAAGACAAUUAUGUCAAUUUAUUUAUUAAACUACAACAUUGUUUUAGGAAUGACUCAUUUAUAGCAAGAAUAUUACUUGCAGCUAUUGACCACAACAGCCAUCUCUUCAGACAAGCAGCUUUGAACAGGGAUGGAUGAGGUCUAUGUCAACCUCAAACUCGAACUUACUCAUGUUAGCAUUGGGGUACUUUUCUUUGAAACUGGAAAUUGCUUUCAUACGAGCCCUAUUACCUGCAAGCACAACGUCAGGGCGUUUCAAUACUUUCAUGUACUCAGUGUAGACAUCACCCAUCUUUUAAUAACCUAACGUAUGUUAUUAGAAUGAAGUUCACAGUCCUUCUCAAAGGUUCGCACACAGUGGUACCGCUACAGAACUCAGUUCUAACAAGCAUCUAUAGUUCAAUCUUUGUGAAAAAGGUGUCGGUCUUCUGGGAAUUCAUGAACGUUAGGGACUACACGGUGAUGGUAACAACAGGUAAAACAGGGCAGUAUGGAUAUCCACUGUACCCAGGAUAUUACACAUUUAACGACUUAGUUAAACUUGUAGGUAAAUCUGGAGUAGCCAAAUUGAAGUAUGUUAGGGAAAGUGGAAGGUCAUCACUCUUCGUAAAGGAUGGUGAGAACUUUAAUCUUAACCCACUUUUAUCACAGUUUUUGGGAUGGACUGACCCUAACCAACAGAGGUAUGUCGGUAACGGUCUGUUUAUUCAGUCCAGUGACAGAGUGGACAUUAACCUUGGUCUUAAGUUUGUAAACAUUCAUUUUAACCUCACCAGCAAGAGCUACAACGUAGACCAAAGACUGGAUUCGAAACACCAGAGAAACUAUACUUUAGAGCAAUAUCAGACGGUCUUAAAGUAAACAGAAAUCAGGUCAAGAAAUGGAUAAACGAGCAAGACACAUACACCAGUUACAGACAGGUGUUUAGAAGGCACAAGUUCAGACAGACGUUCGUUCAAACUUUAGGUGAACAGUUACAAAUGGAUUUAGUUGAUAUGUCAAAAUACAAUGACAAGAACAAGGGAUACCACUGGAUUCUCACAUCCAUAGAAAUACUAAGCAGGUACGUGUUUACAGUACCAGUGUACAGGAAGACCGCUCUAACAAUGAAGAACGCUGUUAGUAACUGUUUAGAGCAAUUCAGGAACCACUUCGGGAAGUACCCAAAAUUCAUUCAGUUUGAUCAAGGUACAGAGUUCUACAACAAAGAAGUAAAGUCAUUGCUCAAUGAACAUAACAUUGAGUUUUUCUCCACUUACUCAGAUAAAAAGGCCGCAGUUGUGGGAAAGGUUUAACAGAACACUAAAAGCACUAAUGUGGAAGUACUUCUACAUUGCCAGUACAUACAGAUGGUUAGACGUCCUUCAAGACUUAACCGAUAAUUACAACAGUUCAGUGAACAGGUCAAUUAAAACAACACCGGAUAGUGUUAAUGAGUCCAACUGGACUGACAUAUGGAAGACACUUUUCAGUCACGACCUAGGUGAACCAACAGAGCCAAAGUUUGUUGUCAGAGAAAGUGUCAGGAUUUCAAAGUACAAAUCAGUGUUCACAAAAAGGUACGAAGCAAACUUUACAGAGGAGAUAUUCACUGUGACGGAAGUGUACCACGGACACCCAAACACAUACACAAUAGAGGACAGUGCUGGUGAACCAAUAAUUGGCAGAUUCUAUGAACAAGAACUGUAUAGCGCUGAAGGAAGAGAACCUGAUUGCAGGAUAGAGAAAGUAUUAAGAAGAAGAACAGUGAAAGGUAAGAAGAUGGCUUUCGUUAAGUGGUUAGGUUACGAUGAGAAAUUUAACAGUUGGAUACCAGCUGGAGACAUCAAGUUCCUAACAUAGGUUACAGUAUUAUGGAGGACGUAGAAGACUACGAGUUAGAGGAGGAACAAAAAAGUUAUCCCCAAUAUGACGGCAUGAACUACCACGAUUUGCUUUCAAACUUUGAUGAACUAACAAAUAGGUUACAAAGGGAGGUAAAGUAUGAUUCAGAUCCAUUGGUAGCCACUGACCUUAACAACGAACUCAGCUAUGUGAAGAAGCGAAUGGAGGAACUCGGAACAGCACAGACAACUUUCACUGAAGGAGAUGAAGGAACUGUAAACAUUUCAGGACCAUCAGGAAGCACAACCGUUCCAAGCGCCGACUUUAUGGAAGACCCAAACAAUUCAUUCCAGAUGUGCUAGAUGCAUUUAAUGAAUCAUUUGAAGCUAAUUGGGAUGAUAUAGAGGAACGUCUACGUAAACUAAAAAAGUUCUCAACAGCAGAGAAGAAAAGGAACUUUGAAAACCAGGUGGAUCGUGUUCAGGCUGUCACAAGAGUUAUCCAAACAAAGGAGAAAAUAGUACUCAAUCCUAGGAAUAGAAACGUUAGGGAACUCAUCAAGCGAUCAUCUGUUAAAGCACUCAAUGAUGACACAGAGGUAUUAAUGUUUAGAAGUGAGCAGGGUAUUAACAAAAGUGGUACUCAAAUAAUGAAACGUGGAAAGACCUCAGUUCCAACGUAUUCCAAUAAUUCCCCUGCACUGAGAGAAUACAAGGACCUAGUGAGGAAGAUCAGAGAGGACCAAACAACUGACACUGAAUUUUGAACAGAGGAGGAUACUGGUAGUGAGACCACAGUUAUAAAUCGAGGUGCAGACCUGAAUGAUUUCAGUGAUGCUGACAAUACAUUUGAAGACAUUGAACUCAUAGAUGUGAGGAUUGCUAGAGAUGACAUACCAGGUAUAACCCCUACGGAAAAUAGAGAGCUCCGAGGAGUACCAACCCCACAGACACCAUGGACCUGGAAUCAAGAAAAGGUGACGAUGGUGCACUCCAAAAACAGGUAGAAUACUUUCAGGACACAAUCAGUAAAACGUUGGAGUUGAGGAAUGAAAUAGAAGAUCCAGAGGAGUUCAUCAAUUUGGAAGAAAGAAUAGUAGCUCUUAGGGAAGCAAGAGACAGGACAGUCAUGCAGGAAGAAUUAGAGGAAGGUAGACAAGCUCUUGUUGAAGACAUUUCCAGAUUCCGCAAAUUCAUGAAAUGGUUAGGGAAGAAAAUGUGGGACUCACAGGUGUUGCAGUAUCAACAGCCGGUCUAAUUAAAACUCUACUAAUCCACGCCAGGGGAGCAAUCAUAGGAACAGCAAAGGCAACAAGUAAAGUAGCCAAAGCAAUAGCCAACUUAGCUAAGAAGGCAGGUCCCAUUCUUGUGCCCGUCCUCAACGCAAUCGCAUCUGCACUCUCAUGGGGAGCAAAGGGAAUUCCAUGGCUAGCUUCACAUUUAUGGGUAUUAGCUAUAGCAGCAGCCGUAAUGGUCUACAACUAUCACACAAAGUAGAUUAGCUAUGGAGGUGGAUCCUGAAGAAUACGAUGAUCAGAGAAUGGAGGAGCUGAAAGAAAGGUAUCCAAAUUACAAUGACAUGAAUAUAGAAAUUUUAGAUAGCGAAUUACUGCACCUUGACAAAGAUCUAAAAGAAAGUGAAACCAAUGAGGAAAUAGUAGAUAUUCAAAAGGAGAUGGCAUACGUAAAUGAACUAAGAAGGAGAAGGCUAUUGGAGGAGCAUGAAAUCGAACAACAGCAGGAUCUUACGAGAGAGCAAUUAGCAGAAAGAUUCCCUGACUUACCCAAACUAUCAUACGAUGAGCUACUGGAUAGGGGAGACAAGCUAUUGAACGAAAUGAUACUAUCAAACCUAGACGAAGACAGAUUUAAAGAAAAGUCAGAAGAACUGAGGUACAUCAGAAUGCUAUAAGGUGAUUACCAAAGAGAAUCCAGUCUGAAUAAACUACUAAACCUGAGAGAUAAGGUGAAAAGGAGAAAGCUAAUCAAACGUGAUGACAACAGGCAACUAGAACUGUUCAAGAUAUGGGCAAGGGAAAACGCAAGCAUUUUAUCAGCUGUACUAAUUUCCACAACCGCCGUAAUCGUAGGACUGAUAGCUGCAACUAGAAACAUAUUAUGGAAAGUUAGUGAUUGAACAGGAAAGCUCGAUAAACGGAUCAGUAAGAUGGAAGGAGGCCAAAUAAGACUACCACCUGUAUUUCAGAAGAUAGCAGAUGGAGUAGAGUUAGCUGCGAACAAUAUUUGGAUAGUCAUAGCAUGUGCGAUAGUGGGGCUACUCUAUGCUUACAGCUAAACAUCCCAUAUAAUAUACAAACAUGAAUACCACAGAAAUGGAACUUCAACCUGGCUUCAGGAGGAGCCGCAUGACUACCAUCAAAGGACCUCGAACCAGAAGUGUCGUCACAUUUAAUUCAACAACGAUCAGUCCUGGGGAAGAGUUAUAUAUCAAUAUACCGAAACUCAAACCUUCCCCCUGUUUAGUCCCAGGAUCACUUGCUCUCCUUUUUGACUUCAAGAACUCUAACACCAAGAGUCGCUUCAUGAAUAACCUGUCAAAGCUUCUAGCCAAACGGUUACAAAUAAAGGUAGCAGGAGAGACAGCCUAUGACUGUUCAGGAGAGAGUCUAUUCGAAGUGUACAAGGACCUAUGGCUCACAAUAGGAGACAGGAAGAAGAUGAUUGAACAGGGUGUAGCAAACGAAAACCUUCGCAAGCUAUUCUCAGGAGAUGAUUCAGGUAAAAAGACAGUUGAUGACAAUAAAGAUGCAGACGCUCUAAUCCAGUCAAUCUACGGCACUAAGCUGAAGAUACCAAUUGAUAAGAUCAUAGGUGACCAUGGACUUUACACUCCAUUUACCAUGAAUAACAAUCCAAUGUACAUCCUAACUCCCCAGAAGCAGAUGAGAUUAUGGUGGCCCAAAGCAGUCAAAAAGUUGAAGGAUACAAACUGGAAAACCUUGAGUGAGAAUAUGAGACCAUCGAGAAUGACAUCCUUGCAAGUGAGGUAUCAAGGAUGUAUUCCACGGGAAGAUCACUGUCCUACAAACACGUCACACUUAUGCGAACAAGUAACUGGGACAAGGAUCUUACCAUUGUCAAUGAAAACAUUAACAUUCCCAGGAAAAGCAUGUCAGCAAUUGUUCUCUUCUUCACAAACAAAGUGAGAACUGAUUCUGAGCAGUAUCUGUACCCCAACCUUGAGAAAGUCAGGUUAACCAUUGAAGGUGUGCCAAACUCUGUGUUUUCUCAAGGCUUACCCAAAAGCAGGUUCUUCAAAGAGGCAAAAAGGUUCUUCUGCCCUAUGUGUGAGAAAACAAUGGCCGACGAGAAUAUGUCCAUUGACAAGUUCUACAAAGACGGGUUCGCUCUUGUGAUAGAUCUCAGGUCAACACAAGAUGAUACCACUGGAGGAGGUAAGAAGAUUGUCAACACCCAACGUGGAGUCUUACUGGAAAUAACAAAGAAAGCAACAACAGCUGACGUUCAGUGUAACAUUUUCAUUGUAUCAGAUGCUCUCCUUAACUUUGCCAAUAGAGAUCUCUCAAGUAUUCAAUACUAAUGGUGACACAUAGAGAUGCCACCUCAACCGCCGUUCAACAUGCUUAUAGUUGGUAUGACAGGGAGUGGGAAAACCCAGUUUCUCCUUGACAUGUUACAAACAGAAUACAACAGAGUGUUCGACUACAUUACCAUUGUAUGCCCAACAAUCAACUGGAACACAACGUAUCUUAAUUGGAGCCAUCUCAGUGAUCACGGGGUUAUUCAAAUUCCCUGUUCGCAAGAAAUGAUCAAUGAUGUUCUCAAGGCGGUAUCCAUCAUAUUGCGUGGAACCAAUACUCUCAUCAUAGUGGACGAUUGUGCGGCAAGUCAAGCUGUAAAGAAAAGAGUAUCUGAACUGGUUCGCUUAGCAUUCUCCGCAAGACACUACAACUUAUCUGUCAUUGUACUCACACAACAACUGUCCUCAGUAGCAAAACUAUUCCGUGAGAACAUUUCCAGGUUAGUCACAUUCUACAACCCUAGUCGCAAAGACAUGAAGGUCAUAUCAGACGACUACCUAAAUGCACCUGCACUUAGAGAAGUAGAAGAAGCCGCAAAACCUCCACCUAAAAAGAAGCCCACCGUAAGUAAGUCGCAAACUGAAAAGAAAAGGGAGAAACUUAUUGAGCUAUCCAAGGAUGGCACCGUAGAGAAAUCAACAAGCUUCAUAAGGAAGGCCAACAAAGGUGUUGCAGAAAAACUGUACAGUGACUAUGAGGAACAGAGAAUGUCAUAUGCUGGUGACUUCCUAUCAACACUUAUUAUCUCAAAGUUUGCGUCAGUAUUAGGAAGCCUCAAUGCUGUGGAAUCAUCAGAGAAACUGUCAGAGGAACUACUCAACGACAAGCUUCUGAAGGACGACGUAGCAUACCUCACAAGAACGAUAUCCCCCAACAUUCCAUUCAUAGGACUCAUAUCAGGUGGCUGCACAACAGCUAAGCAUGUAGUAGGCCACAAGUGGGCUAAACCUCCCCUAUUACAUACAGAAUGUCACAACUCGAAUGGGGAAAUCCCUGGGAAGGAACAGAAUUUGAAGACAUAAUUGACGAACUGAUUCAGAAAACUGAUGAGAGCAGGGAACGACUUGAUAAACUGGAAAGUAUCCUUGAGGCACUCAAGUAUGACUUCGAAGCUUCUGACUAUAUCGUUAGGCUAUGUUCUUCAAACGUUUUUGGCAGAUUUUUUCUUUUAAAAAAUUGUUUCACUCCUCAGUUUCUGUCGCGAAAGCCAGAGCGGGCAGUUGCAUUUCACAGCGGGCAGUUGCGUUUCAGAGCGGGCCGGAUGCAAAAAACCGGCCCGCUCUGAAAGGCUCUCAGCCAAUCAAAUUGCUUCAUUUUCACUGAUAAAAAAUAAAGAGAAUAAAUAUACACAAACUUAACGUUCAUUGACUUUGGCUUCAAAAUCUUCGAAUUCUUUCAAAGACGAAAAUCACAGAACUUCAGAUGAAGGAGUGGCUUCUUUCUUCAACAGGAUCUUGCC